AUGAGGCUUCUUCAUACGACUACUUUUGAAUUGCGCAAUGGCGAACAGGGGAGCUUUCGCCAGGAAGGUUACGCGAUCCUGUCACACCGUUGGAUAGGACUCGAAAUCACCUUUGACGAACUGAAGAACUAUACUGUUGAGCUCAGAACAGGGAGUAGACCUCUGAGUUCCCCCCAGGCGGACAAGAUCCGCGGUGCCUGUGAGGCGGCUCGCAAUCAAGGCAUCAGCUGGAUGUGGAUCGAUACUUGCUGUAUCAAUAAAAACAGUGCAACGGAGGAGUCUGAGUCUAUCAACUCCAUGUUCAAGUGGUACCGCGAAGCAAAUCUCUGCAUUACCUACCUGGCAGAUGUCAAAACGGACGCCAGACACCCUGCCACAAGUCCCAGUAUCUUCAAACGCACAUAUAGCGAAGAGCCCUCAGAGUGGUUCUCUCGAGGGUGGACGCUACAGGAACUGUUGGCUCCCCAGCAGAUGCAAUUCUACGAUAUGAAUUGGAAAUACAUGGGCACAAAGAUGGAAUUAUCUAGCGCCCUCGCACAGGUCACCGGAAUCAGUGCACAUUAUCUCACUGGUACUCAAAAUUUCAGAGAAGCUUGUAUUGCUGUCAAGAUGAGCUGGAUGGCCACACGUACGACUACUAGGGAGGAAGACAUGGCAUAUAGUAUGCUGGGUAUCUUCGGUAUCACUAUGACGCCUCAAUAUGGAGAAGGCCAAGGCGCGUUCAUGCGCCUGCAGGAAGCCCUUAUGACAACAUACCUUUUUGACGAAUCCAUAUUUGCGUGGACAAUGCCAGACCCCGAAUCGGGUGUUAGACAUGGCAUCAGGAAAGAUAAGUGGCAAGCUGGUGAAUGGGGUCUCCUAGCACCCUCUCCUGAAUGGUUCAGGGAAUCCGGCGACAUAGUGACCAACAAUGAGCAAAUGGCGACUCGCAGUUUUACCAUGACGCCACAAGGCAUGAGAGCACCUAUCCGCAGAGCUGUCUACACGGGUGACAUGAAGGCUCUGCACGGCGCAUUCGGACUUCUCUGGGUUACAAUCAUUGGAUCUAUCCCUGCAGCUUUUGGAUUUCUGUAUGUCAGGCAUAAGCUCAACAAGAGAGCGAAGGAGGAUUUCGCCUUCCCACUGAAUUGCUACAGGCGGGACGAAAAGGGAAAACUUGCAAAUGUAGAGAUCUACAUGCGACCGACCGCCGUGGAUAAGGUACGCUUUAGAUACAAUGCUGCGCCACCGUAUCUUGUAGCUAAGAGGAUUCGGUGUAAUGAAUUGGGCAUGGAGAAGAAGCCAAUUACCGAUCUUGGUGAAGGUGUCGUGCUACAACCACGGCCGGGCUUCUGA